AUAACCUAACUUAAAUCAAUUUUUAAUUUAGUAUAAAUAAUACUUUUCAAAAUCAUAUUUUUUACUUUAACUUAAGUUAAUUUAAUCUUAAUGUAACUUUAACUGAUACACGAGCCGUAGGCGUCGAUAUUGCAUAUCUUUUUUUUGUUACCUGUGUGUCGAUAUGUGGUCCCAAGAUCCUUAGGAUAAAUUAACAAGUUAGCCACGGUUAGGCUCGCAAAAACAACGAAGCGUCGAUUAAUUCUACGAAAGUUAUCAUCUGCGUGUCACGAAAUGACUCGUAUACUGAAAUGAUCGGAAGUGUCCCAAAUGUGCACAGUGUAAUACGAAUACCACUAAUCAGAUUGCUGAGCUAUUUAGGGUCAGGAUAAAUUUAUAAAAUUUCAUUGAUGGGAUUCAUUUUAUAACGUGCGCAUCUGGGACUCACUCGAGUAAUCAAACGUGCUGAUAAAGUCAUACUGGAAUAUUUUUAUCAUGAUUAAUUUACACCAUCUAUUAGAGAACAAGAACUGUACAAACUAUGUUAAAGUGCUGAAAUCAACGACUUUAUUCACAAAAAAGUGAUACGAAAGAGACCACUUUCGACGCACAUGUAACAAAAAAUUAUUAACUUAUCCAACCUUGCUUAUUAUUAAUUAUAAUUAUUAUUUCAUUAUAAUAUACAUAAUUUCAUUAUAAUAUACAAACUUUAUUACGUGUCUGUUGAUUACAGAUAUUCUACCGCUUUUAAAUAUGAUUAAGGAUGAUUGGUUGAAACCGAAAAUAUCAGAAGAACAAAAUAUUAUGAUAAAACGGGCACGAAUAACACGUAUACUUGCGAUACUUGGAUAUUUCAUGAUGUUGAUGUCUUUAAUUUUAUGUACAAUUCUUCCUAUUUUUGGAAUUUCAAUGAGAUACUUGACGAAUGAAACAGAUCCAAGCAAAUUACUGCCAUUACAAUCGUAUUAUAUUUACGACAAAAACAAAAGCCCAUUUUACGAAGUAUCUUAUAUCACACAAAGUCUCGGUAUAACAAUAUCCGGCGGUAUAUACAGUAAUGUAGACAGUUUUUUUAGUGUGCUAGUUUUUCAUGUGUGUGGACAGCUGGAAAUUCUUAAGAUGCGAAUAAAUAAUUUGGAUAAGUUUAAAAAUUUCGAGAUUGCUCUAUCGCACAGCGUGCAGAAUCAUAUACGUCUCAUCAGAUUUAUUAAUACGAUUGACGAUAUAUUUACAUUAAUGCUACUUGGUGCGCUAUUUUAUUUUGGCAUUUUAUUUGCGUUGUACGGUUUUUUAUUAAGUACUAUGGUGACUCAAGGUCGCGAUCUGUCAGUACCACGUUUAAUUUUCAUUAUGUGUGUAUCUGUCAAUACAUUUACACACACAUGCCUCUAUUGCGCUGUAGGAGAAAUUUUAGUCACACAAUGCGAAGGAAUUUAUGAAGCCGUAUGCAAGUAUAAGUGGUACAAGCUGGAUUCAAAAAAAGCAAAGAACUUAAUGUUAAUAAUGAUUCGGACCAACAAAUCAUUGUGCCUUACUGCAGGAAAACUAUUUCCUCUAACGAUGUCUACAUUUUGUAACAUGUUAAAGACAUCGGGCGGUUAUAUAUCAGUUUUGCUGGCACAUCAAGAAUAAAAACAAAAAUCUACAAAAUUUAAAAAUAAAAAUUUGUCUUUAAGACUGUUAUCAAGAAAUAAUAAUUAUAUUUAUAUCAUAUUAUAUUUAUGUAAUUAUGAUUUUAGUCUAAAUGUGAUAAAGUUUUUUUUUUUUAUAAGAUAUGCAUGCUUUACUUAUCAAAAAUUUGUUAAAUACACGUAUUACAAUGUUACUACAUUAAUUUGAUUUAAAUCAUUUCUAUCCAUAUUAUGUAUGGAAUAACAUACAACUAAUGCAAUUAAAUCUAUUAUUUAUAAUUCAAUUACAUUAUCGAUUUAUAACAAAUCAACGCACAAUAAAUGUAAUUAGCUCUGAAA